UUCCCAAAAUGUCCACCAUCGUCUUCUUCCCAACAUGCCCCUCUCUUCCCAUUAUACCCUCAUUCCCACCGCCUUCGCUUUCAUUCUGGUCCUCUUUGAAACCCACUACCAAACUCCGCUCUCGGCUCUCCGGCCGCCUCCGCCCUGUUGCUGCGGCUGCGCCGCUAGCUUCCGAGACCACCAUCACCGCCGACAACGCCGACUCGCCGGAUGCCACUGCCAUCGUGAUCCGCGCUCGCAACCGUGUCGGCCUCCUCCGUGUCAUCACCCGCGUCCUUGGUGUCCUUGGCCUCCGCAUCGAUCGUGCCACCGUUGAGGCCGACGGUGACUUUUUCUUGAAGACGUUCUUUGUCGUUGAUUCACAUGGUGCGAAGAUUGAGGACUUUGAUAGCUUGGAACGGAUCAAGAACGCGAUACGGGAUGCUAUUGACGGGGGCUUUGAUUUGGCAAUGAGUGGUCGCUCGGAGAUCGUGCCGCGGAGGAGGGCUGGGGUUGGGGGGUUGGUUUCCGGGGAGGAGAAGGGGAGGACGGUGAGGUUUUUCGAGAUGAUGGAUGGGUUUCUGAAGAAUGAUCCGGUGAGCUUGCAAAAAGAUAUUUUGGAUCAUGUAGAGUUUACUGUGGCAAGGUCUCGGUUCAAUAUCGAUGAUUUUGAGGCUUAUCAGGGGAUGGCACACAGUGUAAGAGACCGCCUUAUUGAGCGAUGGCAUGACACCCAACAAUUCUUUAAGAAGAAAGAUCCCAAGCGACUUUACUAUCUUUCUCUUGAGUUUCUUAUGGGGCGUUCUUUGUCGAACAGUAUUAUUAACUUAGGUGUAAAGGACCAAUAUAUGGAUGCACUGAACCAACUAGGGUUCUCAUUUGAAAUAUUGGCGGAACAGGAAGGGGAUGCAGCUCUUGGAAAUGGUGGCCUAGCACGGCUUUCUGCAUGCCAAAUGGAUUCUUUAGCUACAAUGGACUUCCCUGCUUGGGGCUAUGGCCUACGUUAUCAAUAUGGGUUGUUUCGCCAAGUUAUAUUAGAUGGGUUUCAGCAUGAGCAACCUGACUAUUGGCUUAACUUUGGAAACCCUUGGGAAAUAGAGCGUGUUCAUGUUUCCUAUGCAGUGAAGUUUUAUGGGACUGUUGAAGAAAAGCAUUUAAAUGGCAAGAAUUGUAAAGUUUGGAUCCCUGGAGAGACGGUUGAAGCUGUGGCAUAUGAUAACCCAAUACCUGGCUAUGGAACAAGGAAUACCAUAAAUCUCCGUUUGUGGGCUGCUAAACCUAGCGGCCAGUAUGAUAUGGAAUCCUUCGGCACCGGGGAUUAUAUAAAUGCAAUCAUUGAUAGGCAGAAAGCUGAAACAAUCAGUAGUGUUUUAUAUCCUGAUGACCGUUCUUACCAGGGAAAGGAGCUAAGGUUGAAACAGCAAUACUUCUUUGUUUCAGCUUCUGUGCAAGAUAUUAUACGAAGAUUCAAAGAUUCUCAUAGUAGUUUUGAUAAAUUUCAUGAGAAGGUUGCUCUCCAACUGAAUGACACACACCCUUCAUUGGCAAUUGUUGAGGUGAUAAGGGUGCUUGUUGAUGAAGAACAUCUCAGCUGGAAAGAGGCUUGGGAUAUUGCAUGCAAUAUUUUCUCUUACACAACGCAUACUGUAGUGCCUGAAGGACUGGAGAAAAUUCCAGUUGACCUACUUGGCAGCCUCCUUCCCAGACAUUUGCAAAUAAUCUAUGAUAUAAAUUUUUCCUUCACGGAGGAGUUGAAGCAGCGAUUUGGACUUGAUUAUGAUCGUUUAUCCCGUAUGUCAAUUAUAGAGGAGGGUGCUGUAAAGAAUAUUCGAAUGGCCAAUCUAUCAAUUGUCGUUUGUCAUAAUGUUAAUGGUGUUUCCCGUGCUCAUUUAGAUACUCUCAAGUCAAAAGUGUUCAAGGACUUUUAUGAGCUUUGGCCUCAAAAGUUUCAUCAUAAAACAAAUGGCAUUACUCAGCGACGCUGGGUUGUGGUCAGCAAUCCUGGUUUAUGUGACCUUAUCACCAAAUGGCUUGGAACGGAUGCUUGGAUCCGCGAGGUAGACCUCCUACUUGGAUUGCGGGAGCAUGUGGAAAAUAAAGAACUCCAACUUGAAUGGAGAACAGUCAGGAGGGUGAAUAAAAUUAGGCUUGUGGAGUUCAUCGAAGCCAUGACUGGCAUGAAGGUCAGUCCAGACGCAAUGUUUGAUGUACAAAUCAAGCGAAUUCAUGAGUAUAAGAGACAACUGCUUAAUAUACUUGGUAUUAUCCAUCGUUAUGAUUGUAUAAAGAACAUGAAGGAUAGUGAGAGAAAGAGAGUUGUGCCUCGUGUUUGCAUCAUUGGAGGUAAGGCUGCUCCUGGGUAUGAAAUGGCAAAGAAAAUAAUCAAGCUCUGCCAUAGUGUUGGAGAAAAGAUCAAUUCUGACCCUGAUAUUGGUGAUCUAUUGAAAUUGAUUUUUAUUCCAGAUUAUAAUGUUUCAGUUGCUGAACUCGUAAUCCCAGGAAGUGACCUUUCACAGCAUAUUAGCACAGCAGGCCAUGAAGCAUCUGGGACUGGCAGUAUGAAAUUUUUGAUAAACGGAUGUUUGCUGUUAGCCACUGCUGAUGGAUCUACGCUUGAAAUCAUUGAUGAAAUCGGGGAGGAAAACAUGUUUAUUUGUGGUGCCAAAAUUCAUGAAGUUGCCAUGAUGCGUGAAAAUGGUGAGGCCCCCAAGCUGCCACUCGAACUUGUUCAUGUUUUGAGAAUGGUGCGUGACGGUUAUUUUGGCCACGAGGAGUACUUCAAACCAUUAUGUGAUUCUAUAGAGAGUGCCGGAGAUUUCUAUCUCCUCGGACAUGAUUUUCCAAGCUACCUCGAAGCCCAGGCAGCAGCAGACAAAGCCUUUGUCGAUCAGGAGACGUGGACGAAGAUGAGCAUACUUAGCACGGCUGGCUCUGGAAAAUUCAGCAGUGAUCGAACCAUCGGUGAUUAUGCAGCGGAAACGUGGGGUAUUGAACCUUGUAGGUGCCCCUUUUGACUUGGAGAUUCACAGGCAAGAAGCCAGUAUUGUUGAUUAUAAUGCAAUUGUGGAGCUUUGGUGACCUUAAAGUACAUUAACACAGUAUAUGUUCACCAAUUUCAUCUGAACUAUUUAGUUUUGAUAACAAUAUAGCUUUUGUACUCUUCCAUGUAAUUUGGUUCAAUUAAUUAAUUAUGGAGUUCCAUUAA